CAUUAAAUCGUAAUCAAGUUGAAAAACAUGACAGUACAUUUUUGAAGUUGUUAUUUAAUUGGUAAAUUAAAGUAAUGUUGGGAUUUAAGCGUUGACAAAAUGAAUUUAAAUGUGCGUUAAUUUUGUUUCAUUUAUAACUUCGUUAUGGAGAUAAGUUUCAUUGUGUUGUUUCUUUAUCUGAGAUUGGUGCAAGCUCAAGACAUUCCAAGUGAGUGUCAGAGCUGUGGUUGCUGUAAACCCGGUCAAGAUAAAUGUUUUAGUGAUGGUUACUGCAGAUAUGGAUGCCUAGAUGGAUAUUGGAGUACUAGUUGCACUUUGAAAUGUAAGUACAUGAACUGUAAAAGGUGUGCACCUAGUGAUGGCAACUACUGCCUUGAGUGUAAGACAGGAUUUUAUGACAACGAAUGUGGAUCCUCAUGUGCACCUAAUUGUGAAGGAUGUCGUAAGCGGGAUGGUAGGUGUAAUUCUUGUGUGAAUGGAUACUGGGGAAAGUAUUGCAACAAUAAAUGUGGAGACCGGUGCAAAACGUGUAACAGAUCGAAAGGUUGUACCGAAUGUAACAAUGGGUAUUAUGGCUCUAAAUGUGAAAAGAACUGCAGCGACUAUUGUGCCAGUUGUGAUAUUCAAAACGGAUGUACUGCAUGCACACCUGGCUACUAUUCCGAUGACGGAGUAUGUAAGCAUUGUCAAAAUAAAAACACUGGGUGCACCUGUACGUCAUAUUACAAUUGCGUUGGUUGCACUAACGGGUAUUUCCUAAACACUGACAAUUGUUUACACUGUCCUCAUUAUUGUACAUCGUGCAUUAGUUCCACGCAGUGCACUUCUUGUAUGGAAGGUCGAUUCGGAAAUACAUGUCAACAUCAGUGUACAGGUGACUGCGACAACGGUAAUUGUGAUUCAUCAAAAGCUACUUGUCAGUGCAAUGCUAAUUAUGUAGGCGAGAAAUGUAAUCAGUGUGUUGCCGGGUACUAUGGUAACGGUUGCAAGCAGAGGUGUUCUGUAGGCUGCUCUGGUUCAUGCAAUCAGAUUGACGGAUCUUGCACAUGCAAAUCCGUUUGGCAAGGGGAUACAUGUGAUACAUGUGCUGAUAAACACUAUGGAAACAUGUGCAAUAAACAAUGCAUCAGUAAUUGUGUAUCAUGCACUGAUACAUUUAAAUGUCAGAUUUGUAUAGCUGGCCAUUAUGGUUCUUUCUGCCAACUUAGAUGUGGAAAAGGCUGCAUAAAUGACACGUGUGAUAUAACAUCAGGGUAUUGCCAGUGCAAGAGUACUAACUUUAUUCCAAAACAUUCUACAACAUUUUGCGAUAUUUGUGUAGCUGGAAAAUUUGGUCAAACGUGUGAGCUAAGAUGUCCACCUAAGUGUACAACAUGCGAAAACGAGACUCGCUGUGACUUAUGCCAUGACGGAUUCCAUGGCAUAUUCUGUCAGAAACAUUGUCCGGAUGGGUGCUUCGGGAAUACAUGCAAAAAGGAGGAUGGAUCGUGUUUUACGUGCAAAUCUGGGUAUUUCGGAAAACACUGUAAUAACAAUUGCCCGGAAUUAUGUAAAUCGUGUGACCAAUACAAUUCAUGUUUAGAAUGCAAAUCUGGAUAUUCAAACAUACAAAAACUGUGCUCAUGUAGAAGAGAUGUUUGCGUCAAUUCGGUUGAUUGCGACUCAUGCACAAAUACGUCCUAUUUUGCAAGCAAAAAUGAAUGUUGCUUGUGCAAUCUUGAUGACUGUGUCUCCUGUACAAAGACGUUUGGUACCAUUCAUUGCAAUAUUUACAGAGGUGGAUAUUUUCAACACAAACACGGGAAAUGUGAAGCAUGCAAUUCCCAAUGCGUCGAGAAUGAAUGCGAUUCGUCUUCGGGAAGAUGUAUUCAAGGAUGCAUUAACGGAUACUGGAACCCAACAUGUGACAAAAAGUGUAAGCAAGAAUGUUUAUCUUGUAAUCAAGCAGAUGGAUCGUGUUUACAAUGCAUAAACACUACAAAAUAUGGACAUGACUGUAAUAAGGAUUGUAGCAAUACCUGUAAAAGUUCAAUUUGCGACAUAUCUGGAAAGUGUACAAAUGGAUGCAUAACAAAUACAUUUGGAAAGCAAUGUGAAAACACAUGUGAUAAACAUUGUAUUAAACAGGACAAGAACACGCUUUGUUCAGAAAAGACGGGAAUGUGUUUAUACGGCUGCGAGACUGGCUAUGAAGGAACAUUUUGUCCUCAAGAUGAUGAAAAACAAACAUCGGCAACAACACUUGGUGGAGCAGUCGGUGGAGGAGUUGUAGCUCUUUCUGUCAUUGUAGUUUUGGGACUAUAUUUGCUUCGCAGAAGUUUCAGAAGGUCAAAUUCGAACAAUACAAAUACAACGCCUAAACAAGAAUCUGAGGACUCUUCAUUGUACGCUACGAUGAACAAAGAAAACGCAGAUGAUGUUUGUGCACGGGGAUUCACUGUUAUGCCUGCACUUGAAAAUAAUGGCGUUUAUUACAACGAAAGAGAAAUCAGCAAAGUGAAACUGGAUGUGGCCAAUUUACCUGAAUAUGUACAAAACUUAUGUAUUAAGGAUCUAGAAGAAGAAUUUCAGAAAGUACCGUCCGGUCUCGUGAAACCUUAUGAAGUUUCACAAAUGAAGCUAAACAUGCACAGAAAUAGAUAUAAAGGAAUAUAUCCAUAUGAUGAUACGCGUGUUGUAGUACGCGGAGGAGACACAGACUAUAUCAAUGCAAGCUAUAUAGACGGUUUCAGGAAACGAAAUGCAUACAUAGCUACUUUGGGUCCAAUGGCUCAGCAGCUGGGCGAUUUCGGUCAAUUCUGGAGAAUGGUCUGGCAACAAAAAGUUGAAAAGAUUGUCAUGGUGACCAACUUAGUAGAGGGUCAGAAAUCCAAAUGUCAGCAAUAUUGGCCUGAUCGUGGUCAAAGUAAACUUUACGGCGAUAUGGAAGUUAUGUGCAAGGUUGAAAAACUGUACGCAGAUUUCAUUUGGAGACAGUUUACUUUUUCCAAGGUUAAACAAAAUUCAGAAAAAAGAAUACUGCACCACCUUCAGUUCACAGCGUGGCCAGACAAGGACAUUCCUGAUAACGUCACAUCAAUUAUAGAGUUUAGACAGAAAGUGAACGCCUUGCCGAGUUCCUUUGACGGACCAGUGAUAGUGCAUUGCAGUGCUGGCGUAGGAAGAACGGGAACCUACAUAGCUCUGGACAUUCUGACCAAAGAGGGUGAGGAAGAAGGAGCUAUAGAUAUCCCGGGAUGUGUUGUCAAUAUGAGACAGAACAGACCCAGCAUGAUUCAGACUUUGAGUCAAUACAAGUUUCUACACCAAGCUUUGGUCCAUUCAUUGACUCUUGAUUGCUCGAUCAUAAAAAGAGACCAGUUCCAUGAAUAUAUGCAUAUCAUGUCCAGCAAACAGGAGAUACAGAAGCAGUUUGAGAAAAUGCAAAUAAACCAUGCAAAAGUCGGAUCAGGAACUACAGGCUAUAGAAAGAAUCGGCUUCUGAUAAAAAAGAACAGGAAACACGCAGAUAUUCCAGGUGAUGCCAACAGACCACGUCUUUAUCUGUUUUUGAAACCAGGCGAAUCUGAUUACAUCAAUGCGAUGUACAUCGACAGUUUCAAAACAAAAAACCGCUUCUUGGUAGCACAAACACCUCUACCUGACACAGUUUCCGAUUUAAUUGCACUGAUUGUUCAAGAAGACUGUUCCUGUAUUGUUAGUAUGGAAGCACAGGGGAUUGGCUUGUACGUUCCUGGUGACGAUCAAUCAAUGAUGAAAGGUGUGAUUACCAUACUUUCCACAAGAGAUCGAAGUACAAGACACUUUGUAAAAAGAGAGCUGCAUUUUAAACAAGAUGGAACGACCAAGUCGGAAGUGAGACUACCACAUUAUGAGUAUUUGGAUUGGGAUAGAAAUCACAAUACUCCGAAGUCAGCAGAACACUUUGUUGCCUUCAUCAAAGAGGUUGAAGACGCAUCCAAAUCAUCUCACAUGAACGGACCGAUACUGGUGCAUUGUAUGAACGGCGCUGGAAAGAGCGGACUUUUAUGUGUUGUCUCGACAUUACUUGAAACACUGAGUGAAGAUAACGAAGUCAGUGUGGUCAAUGCGGUGAGGAAAGUCAGAGCAAGACGACCGCUUUCCAUUCCAAAUAAGGAACAGUUUUACUUUUGCUACGAGUGUGUUCUCCAAUCGUUGAAUACAACAGAUGACGAUGUGUACUACAAUACGAGCGCGAAUAUCCAGAGGGAAUGAAGACGACAGAUACAUUUGGAACUUUGACAGUUGGUGUGUUGCCCUUGACACAAGCACAUUAUAUACAUAUAUAGAAAUAUAACAUAUUCAGCUACAUUAAUUAUCAUUUGCAUGGGGACACUUGCAAACGGAAAAUGAUUGCAGUUUUAUAUAACCGUAAUCACAUACUUUAGAAAACGCUAGCAUUUAUCUGUCGAUCUAAACAUUGUGUUGUAAAUAUCAUUGUCAAUAUUUGCAUAAUUGCUACUUUUAUUUGUACCAUACUGUAAUGUGUUUUAUUUUAUCUGAACGAUAUCUCAUAUGAAAAGCUUAAUUUGCAAGCUUACCGUGCUAUAGGUAGCAUUUAAUAAGAUACAGCGAUAUUUCAAUAUGUGCACACCACUACCUGCACGGUAAGUUUGUCGAUAUAAUAUAGAUAACAUUUUACUACACCGAACACGUGUGAUUGAAACUAUUUAUAACUGGAGCUUUUGGCGCGUUGUGAAUAAUUUCAGUCAUGAAGUGGACGUAGUGGAUGCAGUAAGUAUUGCUUUUAUGUUUUAUGAACGCAUUGUACAUUAACAUUAUCAUGUUUGUUUCACUGUAAAUGUAAACGUGUACAAAAACGUCAGAGCAAUUAAACUUUUUUUAAUUAAAAUAUUUUUUCGUUGAUAUCUUUUCUAAGAAAAGAAGAUUUGCGCGUAAUAGAACAUUUUAUUGAUUAUUUUCAUCUGUGUAUUUUGGAUUAGCAUUACUGUUGCUUCACAGCAUAUAUAAUGUUUUAUAUUAGUUACGUUUUAAAUUUUAAAAUAAUAUUCUGAUAUUUUAUGUUUUCAAUCAUUGUGCAUUAGCCGUAAACAUGAACUCCAAAUAUCUUGUAUACAACUAAACAGUUAAUUUAUAAAUUAAAUGACUGCAUUAUUUUUUACCAAAGGGCAUUUGUUAUAUUUGAAUGUGUUAUCUUAUUCGCCUGGUUUGUUUCUUUGUAAAUUAUUUUACGCGAAAUGUAGAAUAGUUAACAUGUUCAAUAGAACAAAAAUAUCACGCCUCACUUAAACUUGUUUGACAUACAUUUUAUAGUGCAUUGAUGAUUUAAAAAACAACAACAGGAUUCUGGUCUAUUUAAUUGAUGUACGUAUGCCAUAUUGCAUUUAAUGAAUUGCAUUGAAUGUAUUGAAAUGUUUUGAUAGCUCUCCAUAUAGACCUAUUGCAAACAUAAAUAUGUUGUAUAUAUUCUAAUACCUAAUAAAAUAUCUUCUUAUU